GACUUGCAGGCUAUCAUGGCCAUUCGAAGCCCCAUUCGCAUUCACUACACCCUGCCAGCUACACUGGAAGUACCUCCACGCUCAAACACCGACUACCUAACAUUCAUGGGGCCAAUGCUCUCUGCAUUUCGGGCCGUUCAUUUUUCAAUCAUCAGCAAUGACGAGAGUGUCGUUGAUGUUGAGACACGGAGAGCCGUGUGGCAUUGCAGCAGUCGAGCGGAUACGGACGCGGGAGAAUAUAUGAACGAUUACGUGUUCACCUUGACCAUGAGCGAAAAUGAGAAAAAGAUAGACAAGAUCGUGGAGUUCGUUGACGCUGCGUACACUACCGAGUUC